CCGUCCCAGGGCAAGAGGAGAUAAUGCCACUGCAGCUGCUGCUGCUGCUGCUGCCUGUGCUACGGGGAGUGCCCACGGCUCAGGAUCAGAGGUACCAGCUGAAACUACGGGAGUCCGUGACAGUGCAGGAGGGCCUGUGUGUCCUCAUGCCCUGCAAAUUUUCCUUUCCCUGGACUGCCUUCAGAACCCUCCAAGUGUUUUGGUUCCGGAAAGGGGAGGAUAGAAACCGUAAUUCACUGGUGCCCACAAACAAAAGAGAACAGCAGCUGCAGGAGAGCACCCAGGGCCAGUUCUUCCUCCUCGGAGACCCCCAGGCCUACGACUGCUCCCUGAGCAUCAGAGACGUCAACAUGGGGGACAGUCGGUCUUACUUCUUUCACAUGGAGGAUGCCUUAAGGAAACACUCAUAUCUAGAUAAGACACUCUCUCUGCAUGUGACAGGUAUGGUGGGGGCUCAGGGAAAGGCCCCAGAGUGUGGGGCACUGGAAAUAGAAAAAUGAAGGUUCCAUUCCUCCUGAGGGUGGGGUGACUUGGGGACAGUGAUGACAAGACUCUGCGGUAGGCCGAAAUCACACCAAGAGGCCCCAACCUCCUCUCUCUCUUCACCAGCCCUGACCCGCAGGCCCAACAUCCUUAGUUCAGGGCCCCUGGAGUCUGGCCGCCCCGGGAACCUGAACUGCUCUGUGCCCUGGGCC